CUGCCCGGCGCUGGAAUCUGCGCCGGUGACACUGAAAUCGCAGCGGCCGAAGCCAUGAGUCAGUUUCGGGCGUUGGCGGGCAUGCUGCGGGUCGGUGGAGGUGGUCCGUGGCGGCGAGCGGGUCAAGGGACCCCGGCCAGGUGCAAGCCUCAUCCCAGGAGAGCGUGCUCCUCUGAGGCGACGCCCGCUCAAGCCGUCACCGGCAGCUCCAGCUAUGUGGAGGACAUGUACUUUGCCUGGUUGGAGGAUCAUAACAAUGUCCAUGAGUCGUGGGAUGGCUUCUUCCGGAGCAUCCAGAGCUCCGGUGCGUCCGGCGAGGAGGUGCAGAGACGCCCCCCGGCCCUCGUCCGGAGCCGAGCCGCGUCCCAUUCGCCGGACGUGACGCAAAAAAUGGUGGAGGACCACCUGGCUGUGCACACGCUCAUCAGAGCCUACCAGAUUCGCGGUCAUCAUGUGGCCCAAUUGGACCCUCUGGGCAUCUUGGACGCUGACCUGGACUCAUUUGUUCCCUCUGACCUCAUUACCACCAUUGAUAAAUUAGGUUUCUACGGUCUGCAUGAGUCGGACCUGGACCGGCGCUUCCGCUUGCCUCACACCACCUUCAUUGGCGGAGGAGAGACUACUCUUCCUCUCAGGGAGGUCAUACGGCGACUUGAGGCUUCCUACUGCGGACAUGUGGGUGUGGAAUUCAUGUUCAUCAACAACGUGGAGCAGUGUCAGUGGAUCCGUCACAAGUUCGAGACGCCGGCAAUCAUGCGGUUCACCAGUGCUGAGAAGAGAACGCUGCUGGCUCGACUGAUCCGAUCAACGCGGUUUGAGGACUUCCUGGCCAGGAAGUGGUCGUCGGAGAAACGCUUUGGUCUGGAAGGCUGCGAAGUCCUUAUCCCGGCUCUCAAGACCAUCAUUGACAGCUCCAGCGCUACCGGCAUCGACAGCGUGAUCAUGGGGAUGCCGCAUCGGGGUCGACUUAACGUCUUGGCCAAUGUGAUCCGUAAGGACUUGAACCAGAUCUUCUGUCAGUUCGACCCCAAAUUAGAGGCGGCGGAUGAAGGUUCCGGGGAUGUCAAAUAUCACCUCGGGAUGUACCACGAAAGAAUAAACCGGGGGACGGAGAAGAACAUCACACUGUCCCUCAUGGCGAACCCCUCCCACUUGGAGGCGGUGGAUCCGGUGGUCCAGGGCAAGGCCAAAGCCGAGCAGUUCUACAGGGGAGACGCGCUCGGGAAAAAGGUGAUGUCCAUCUUGAUGCACGGAGACGCUGCUUUCGCUGGCCAGGGUGUCGUAUAUGAAACGUUCCACCUCAGUGAACUCCCCUCUUACACCACACAUGGUACUAUCCAUGUGGUCGUCAACAAUCAGAUCGGCUUCACGACAGACCCCCGCGUGGCUCGCUCCUCCCCUCACCCCACCGACGUAGCUCGAGUCGUCAACGCUCCCAUUUUCCACGUCAACGCCGACGACCCCGAGGCCGUCAUGUACGUGUGUCGCGUGGCCGCCGAGUGGAGGAAUGCCUUCAACAAGGAUGUCGUCAUUGACCUGGUGUGCUACAGGCGCUUCGGCCACAAUGAAAUGGACGAGCCCUCGUUCACCCAGCCGCUGAUGUACAAACAGAUCCGGCGGCAGGGGCACGUGCUGAAGAAGUACGCCGACAAGCUCAUUGGCGAGGGAGUAGUGACGCUGCAGGAAUUUCAGGAGGAAGUGGCCAAAUACGACAAGAUAUGCGAGGAGGCGUACACCAGCUCCAAGGACGAGAAGAUCUCGCACAUCCGACACUGGCUGGACUCGCCCUGGCCAGAAUUUUUCACAGCAGAAGGAGAACCUAAGACCAUGAGCUGCCCGCCCACAGGACUGGAUGAGGAGGUCCUACAGCAUAUCGGACAGACCGCCAGCUCCGUGCCUUUGGAAGAUUUUACCAUCCAUCCUGGUCUGUCUCGAAUCCUGCGCAGCCGAGCCGACUUGGUGAGGAAGGGUCAGCUGGACUGGGCCUUGGGAGAGUACAUGGCCUUCGGGUCGCUUCUCAAAGACGGCGUCCACGUGCGACUCAGCGGGCAAGACGUGGAAAGGGGCACUUUCAGUCACCGUCAUCAUGUUCUUCACGACCAAGAGGUAGACAAACGCAUCUGUGUCCCCAUGAACCACCUGUGGGCCGACCAGGCUCCCUACACCGUCUGCAACAGCUCCUUGUCCGAGUACGGCGUGCUCGGGUUCGAGCUGGGCUUCGCCAUGGCCAGUCCCGACGCCCUCGUCCUAUGGGAGGCGCAGUUUGGAGACUUCAACAACACUGCCCAGUGCAUCAUUGACCAGUUCAUCAGCUCGGGGCAGGCCAAGUGGGUCCGGCACAACGGCAUCGUUCUGCUCCUCCCACACGGGAUGGAGGGAAUGGGUCCAGAACAUUCCUCAGCCCGACCUGAGCGCUUCCUGCAAAUGAGCAUAGAUGACCCGGAUCACUUCCCUGCGUUUGCCGGAGAUUUUGAAGUGCGGCAGCUGUACGAGUGCAACUGGAUUGUGGUCAACUGCUCCACGCCUGCUAACUACUGUCAUGUGCUCAGACGGCAGAUCCUGCUGCCGUUCAGGAAGCCGCUGAUUAUAUUCACUCCGAAAUCUCUGCUGAGGCACCCCGAUGCCAGGUCCAGUUUUGACGACCUCGCCAUAGGAACUAAAUUCAAGAGACUGAUCCCAGACGAGGGCCCGUCCAGUCAAAGCCCAGACCAGGCCAGAAGGCUGAUCUUCUGCACCGGAAAAGUCUACUAUGAAUUGACCAAAGAGAGGAAGCAGCAAAACUUGGAAAAAGACGUCGCCAUCGUCAGACUGGAGCAGAUCUCGCCAUUCCCCUUCGACCUGGUGAGAGCGGAGGUGGAGAAACACAAGAGCGCCGAACUGGUCUGGUGUCAGGAGGAGCACAAGAACAUGGGUUACUACGAUUACGUGCGGCCCCGCUUCAUCACCGUGGUGGCCAACGAGAGGCCCGUCUGGUAUGUCGGGCGGGACCCCGCCGCGGCUCCCGCGACGGGGAACAAGUCGACUCACUUGAAUGAGCUGAAAAGGUUCAUGCACGCGGCCUUCAACCUGUGCGCCUUCCAGGGGAGGAAAGCUUGAACCGGACUGGAGGUGCAGGUUUUCUCUCCGGUUGUUUUGAAACCUUCAUCAGACAACUUAAGUAGUCUCUCAAAAUGGACCUAUCAUGCUUCACAUAUAGAACUCCAGCCCAUAGAAACAAAAUAUUUUCAUGAUUAGAACCUAAGAACACAUUUUUCUCCCUCAAAUCUUUGUAAUUUUAAUCGUAAAUUGCUAGUAAUAAUAAGCACAGUGGAUUCUCGGAAUUCUGACACAGUCUGUUCCAGGAGGAAUUAAUUUUCCCGGUAAUAGGAAAUCCUAUCAUUGCAACGUUAUCCUCAUUCUUGUGCUGUUACGUCUUUUUCUCUGAACAAUACAACUUCAUUCUGGUUCAAUUUUUGAGUUUAUUCUCAGAACUUUAAAGACCUUUUUCUUGUAACAUUAUUACUUUUUUUGGGGGUUAUUCUUGUAACAUUGUUUAUUUAUUUUUUAUUUUUUCUAAAACUAUUCUCCUUCCACUUUGAGUUUAUUCUGGUGACAUUAGGACCACUUUCUUGUAACAGCAUUUAUAUUGUCUUUAUUUAUGUUGUUCCCCUCCCCCCCUCCAUAAAAUGAUGACUUUAUUCUGGUUCCAUUUUGAAUUUAUUCUCUUAACAAUCUGACUUAAUUCUCCUAUUUUUAGUUUAUUCCUGUAACAUUCAGAACUUUAAUCGUAAAUAACUCAUAUUUGUUCUGCGUUUAUUUUCGCGACUUUGUCCUCAUUCUCAUUUUGUUGUCAUUGUAAAAGUCUGACUCGGUUCCAAUUUGAGUUUCUUUUCGGAACAUCACGUCUUGCUUUGUAACAUUACGACUUUUUUCUUGUUUCACGUUGACUUCUUUCUCGUAAAAUUCCGUCUUUCGACAAAUUUAUUUUUACAUUUUUCUUUUUUCUUAUAUCAGUACAACCAUUCUUGCAACAUUACACUUGUUGUGUAGCAUUACGACUUUAUUCUCGUUCCACUUUGACUUUUUUCUCAUAACAGUCCGUCUUCCCUCUAAUUUAUUUAAUUUACUCUCGUAACAUGAAGACUUUUUUCAUGUAUUAUUCCGACUUUAUUCUCGUUCUCGUAACAUUGUUUUUGUAACAUUACGACUUUAUACUC